AUGGCUAAGGUUUGCGACUUUUCGGUUGCGAGGGUCAUCGAUGGAAAAGGAGGUUUAUUGACUGGAUAUGUNNNNCCGAUCUCGGAUAUUCAGUACCAACACUUUCCCAUCUUGUCGAGGAGUCAGCCGUUUCGUCGCCUGUGUCACAACGGUGAGUUUAGUACAAUAUUUUAA